AUGGUGGCAGACAUGCGAGGGCAGUUCCUGCAACUACUCAGUGAUAUCGGGUGCUACGACCCCAGACUGGGGCUCAAUGAGUACAGCCAACUGGCAUCGGACCAAGAAAUGCUCUCUGCUGUGAUCUGUGCGGGCCUCUACCCCUCUGUUGCUCAGAUUCGGCGGCAGGGCAAGCGGUUUGUGUUUUUCACCAAGGAGGACGGACGGGUGGAGAUGCACCCUUCCUCAGUCAACGCCUUCUGUCCUUCCUUCUCCCGCCCCUGGCUUGUGUACAACGAGAAAGUCAAGACCUCCGACAUCUUCCUAAGGGACUCCACCAUGGUCUCUGACUUCGCCCUCCUCAUGUUCGGAGGCAAUUUAGAACCUGCCCCUGCUGGCCGCACUGGCUUUGACAUGCUGGGGGGGUACCUGCACUUCAGUGCCUCUGCUCAGACUGCUAAUCUCGUGCAGCGCUUCUGCUCAAACGGCAAUGCUGGUGCAGGUGAGCAUGCCGGCAUGCCUGGUACCUACACUCUGACCCCUGCUGAUCCCACGGGCUUUGAUAUGCUGCGGGGGUAUUUGCACUUCGGUGCUUCCACUCAGACUGCAAAAAUGGUGCAGGUGGGAAUAGGCAUGCAGCUGCGUGCCAUACUUACACCCAUGCUGGUCGCACGGGCUUUGACAUGCUUGGAAGGGCAUCUGAAAUCGCGUGGCAUUCCGUCUCCCCCCUUUCUAUCAGGACCUAAGGCAGCAGCUGGAUUCGCUAUUGAGGGAGAAGAUAGGGAUCUGUCCUUGGACGUGCAUGCACAUGGGGAGAGGGUCGUGGCAGCAGUGCGCAGCCUCCACUCCUCCCGUUUUGCUCACAUCUUUCCCUCAUCCCUCCCCUUCCUCGUGUCACAGGACCUGAGGCAGCAGCUGGAUUCGCUCCUGAGGGAGAAGAUAGAGAAUCCAUCCUUGGACGUGCAUGCACAGCACAGGGGGAGGGGGUCGUGGCAGUGCUAA